AUGCAACAACCACCCGUUCAAUAUCUCGACAAUUCCAUUCAUGUUUUAAACAUUCCAGAUCAGAACAAUGCGAAAUUGGAACUUUAUAUUUUUUAUACCUAUCCCACUGCGUUUGUGGGGUCGAAUGUCUUUUCAGUCCUUUCGAAAUGUGGAGUCAAACAAAAUCAAUAUUUUCAACAAGUUGUCAAUGCAACUCAGUAUUUUAAUUGUAAUUUUACAUUGAACAAGGGUUAUGCGACUACUUUGGAAGUUUACUCCAAAUCUGGAAAUUUCACAGAAGGAGUGUAUUUUGUUGAGAUUGGACCUUCGGCGUAUUUGAAAUUAAAAGGAAUUAAUGACAUGACGGCUCAGUUUGAAAUUAUUGUCUACUCGACGGAUGGUUUAUCUGAAAUUUUGAAAAAACCUGCAAAUUUGUUACAACCUCCAAAUACAGAACUUUAUGUGAAUAUUACCAUUCCACCCAUUGCAGUGAUUGAUCCUUCGAAUCCACCUGCAUUGGAUGCACUCACUGGUCAACCGUUCAUUCCAAUGGGAGCUAAUUUUGCAUUAAACGCUCGAUUGGGUGGUAAGGUACCAAGAGGAACCACGUUGAGAUACAAUUGGCAAUUUACCAAAGUAGAAUCAGAUUCAUUGGGAGCUCUUGAUUUAAUGCUUCGAAAAAACAGCAGUCUUCCUUCGAAUUUUGUCAACACUUUACAACCCAUGAUACAAGAAAAUUCACUUGGAUUUUCAAGUAUUGUUUUAUCUCAAGAUAAGGACAUGGAAUUGCAAUCUCUGUAUAAAGUGAGCUGCUUUGUGACGGAUUUGAGAAAUAGAAUUUUAACGAAAAGUUCCAUUUAUUUGAGAACUCCAAGAGAUUUCUAUUUACGGAAUCUAGCACAAGAUCCCAUGAGUGUCUUUCCAAAGAAUGCAUCCUUUACACAACUUUUCAGAUUUUCAGGACAAAACAUCCAAUACGCAGAUUUCACUUCUCCUUCGACGGUUUUAUAUGCCUAUGGAUAUUUAGAUCCAUUGAUGGUGAAAUCGCUCACUAUGGAUGUUUUGAGAAAUCGAUUUUCAGAAAUUCCCAUGUCAGAAUUAAUGACAGUUGCUGUGAGAGUGACCGAUUUCUCCACCAAUCCAAUUCAAUAUGCAUAUUUACCACCUAGUUUUAGACAAGUUCCAGGACAAGCAGCUCCAAAUAUUACAGUAGAUUUCGACUCGAUUCAUUACAGUUACAAACAUCAACUUGUCAUGUUUGUAAAGAUGCAGAUCAAUCCUUUACCAAAAUAUUUCUUUUACGAGAUGCAGUGUGUGUAUUUCCAACAGAUCUCAAUUCAGUAUUGA